AUGGCAGAAGACCCCAUGGAAACGAAAUCCCGUAAGAGGAGUCGAUCAGACGAUGAUGACUCCUCGUCCGACGACGACAUGGGCCCGCAGCUCCCAAACCCGGAGGCUGCCAAAAAGAAGCGCCGCAAGCUGCCUUACGAAAAGCUUUACAUAUCUGCCCUACCUACGUCCGCGAAGUACUCGAAAUCCCUCAUGCACAAGGAGCAACUGUCAUUCCUGACAAUGACGCCCUUGACCGAUUUUCUGCUCACCAGCUCCGUGGACGGCGUGGUCAAGUUCUGGAAGAAGGGAGCCGAUAACAUUGAGUUUGUUAAGGAGUUUAGGGCGCAUAAUGGAGAGAUCAAGAGCGUAUCAGUUAGCGCUGAUGGGAGAAGCUUUGCGACAGCGGGGGUGGACAAGACCAUCAAGAUUUUCGAUGUCAUUACCUUCGACUUAUUGUCAAUGCUGACUGUAGAAUUCACCCCGAAGUGCGUGUGUUGGAUACACAAGAGGGGCGCCUCAUUGCCCCUGCUAGCAGUGUCCGACGAAGUCAACCAUACGAUUCGAAUGUACGACGGCCGUGGAGAAAAUCAAGAACCGAUCCACACUCUUUCCGGAUUACAUCGAAGCGUUGUGUCGCUCAUGGCAUUCAAUGACGCGUAUGAUUGUGUGAUCUCGGCGGACGAAAAUGGAAUGGUCGAAUACUGGCGACCUGGGACCUAUGAGAAACCGGAGAAUGUGUUCCAGUACAAGAGCUCGACGAAUUUGUUCGAGUUCAAGAAGGCAAAAUCCACGCCCACAUCUUUGACAAUAUCUCCAAAUGGCUCAAAAUUUGCAACCUUGUCAUUCCCUGAUAGAAAGAUCCGGGUAUUUGAUUUCCCCACGGGUAAACUCUACAGGACAUAUGACGAGUCAUUACAGAUAAUAGAAGAGAUGCAACAAGCUGGUACGGCUCUACAGAAACUUGAGGACGUUGAAUUUGGACGCAGGUUAGCCACAGAGCGAGAAAUUGAGAGCCCAGCGCUGAGGAACAAGGCGAAUGUGAUUUUCGACGAGACGGGACAUUUUAUCAUCUACGGAUCCAUGCUUGGGACUAAAGUUCUGAAUACGUACACAAACCGGGUGGUGAAGGUCUUCGGGAAAGAAGAAAAUUAUAGACCACUCAGUGUGGCCAUCUAUCAAGGUCAACCGCAAAAGAAAGGCAUCACUACAGUCGCCAUGGCUGCCUCCAAUAACCCGCUCCUGCAAGAGUCAGAGGUCCGGGAUCCCAUCCUCUUCACCACCGGAGUUGGCAAAGUUCGAUUUUACAUGUUCACCAACGAGGAGAGUAUUUCAAAAUCCGAAAGAGACGUCCAGAACGAGAAACCGACCAACUUGAACUCCAAGAAGGCGGUUGAGGCGAAGGCAGCAGAGACUGGAACAGCAGCGAUCAUCCACACCACAUACGGAGACAUCCAUAUCCGUCUGUUUCCUGACGCGGCCCCGAAAUCUGUGGAGAACUUUGUCGUGCAUUCGAAGCAAGGAUACUACAACAACACCAUCUUCCACAGAGUCAUCCGAAAAUUCAUGAUUCAAUGCGGUGAUCCUCUCGGAGAUGGAACUGGAGGAGAGAGUAUCUGGGGCAAGGAAUUCGCAGACGAGUUUAGCACGUUGAAACAUGACAAACCAUACACCGUCAGCAUGGCCAAUGCUGGGCCGAAUACCAAUGGAAGCCAAUUCUUCAUUACAACAGAAAAGACGCCUUGGUUGGAUAACAAGCAUACGAUUUUCGGACGAGCGAUCCAAGGUCUGGAUGUCAUCCACAAGAUCGAGAAUGCGAGGGUGCAUAAAGAAAAGCCAGAAGAAGAUAUCAAGAUCCUUAAUAUUGAGAUUGUAUAG